CUUUUCUGACACAAAAACUUAUAAUAAAAAAGAAAAAUAAAGCCCUGACCUUCUCUUGAGUCUUUAGUCUUUUACCCUCUCUCUCUUUCUCUCUCUUUCUCUGCUUACUUGAAAAAUCUUGGAGGAACUGCAUUUGGGUCAGUGGAGGAGACCCAAUUGAGAAGAAAACCCUCAUCUAGUUUUGAGCUUUUUAAUUAGUGCUUGGAGAUUAAAGGUCUGUGAAGGAUGCCAAGAUCAGGCCCAAGACCCUAUGACUGUAUCAGAAGAGCUUGGCACAGUGAGAGGCACCAGCCUAUGAGAGGUUCUCUCAUUAAAGAGAUUUUCAGUGUGGUGAAUGAGAUCCAUAGCUCAGCUACUAGGAAGAACAAGGAGUGGCAAGAGAAGCUCCCUAUUGUUGUGUUGAAAGCAGAAGAGAUUAUGUACUCUAAAGCCAAUUCUGAGGCUGAGUACACUGACCUCAAAACGCUUUGGGACCGAGCAAAUGAUGCCAUUAACACUAUAAUUCGCCGCGAUGAGAGCAUUGAAACCGGUGAAGAGUUUCUUCAGCCUUGUAUUGAAGCUGCUCUGAAUCUUGGGUGUGUGGCAAGAAGAGCUUCCAGGAGCCAACGAUAUUCUAAUCCAAGGUGUUAUCUUAGCCCCAUCACUUCUGAUGUCCCUAGCGUAGCAGAGAAAGGUAGCCAAAAGGAUCAUACCCCUCAUCGUUCAAAGUUUGUGAAACCCAUUACUAUCAACUCAAGCCAUCUUGGCUCUGAAUCCACUAAGAAACCCAUCUCUGUAUCUGAAAAUGUUCCUCCUUGUGGUUAUGACCAAUGCUCUCCUAGGGAUACACAGGCAACAUCUAAUAUCCCUUCAUACCCUCUAUACUAUGGGAAUUGCCCCCAAUUUGAAGAACUCAAACAUGGUUUUGUUAGCCUUCCCAAACCAGUUUCGAAGCCUUUAGAGCCUGCCAGGACCAGUGGUGUCCCAAACUUGUUCCGCAGUAGAGAUAAACCAAACUACAAUACUCAAAAAGGUGCUAGGGACUGCCCUGAUCAGACCCCAGAUUUGGUUGGGUGUGAUCUCUCUCUUCGGCUAGGCUCACUCUCUAGUCAAUGCCCAAGCAGUGAAAACAAUCCUCCACAGAAAGUCAGAGAUGUCGGUGCUCAAGAGAGCAAAUGUACUGAUCAGCCUCCACAAUUGGAUAAAGAGCUCUCUUUCUUUCCCAAAGUGGUUGUGGUGACUUGCGGAGUCUGUGGACCCUUUUCUGUUCUGUGUUGA